AUGACCAUGCACGUGGACGGCCCCUAUGUGGAUAAAUCGGCCAUCGUGGACCAUAAGAACGGAACCUACACUCUGCUCUACCGCGUCUCCAGAGCUGCGCAGUACAACAUCUCCGUCUACCACCAAGGCAUCCUAUUACGAAUAGAUAAAAGAAUGGCAAGCGAGAGGGUAGUGGAGGACAGGAGACCACGCCAAACGGGACCUGGUACCCACGGCCGCGGGGAAAACGACACCCGGAAGGGGCAGGGCAAGCUCGUGUGGCCAGGCGGCGGCUACUACGUCGGCGAGUGGCAUGACGGCCCCACCAGGAAGGCCCUUCCUCACCAGGCUCACGGGUUCGGCCGCCGCGAGUACGGGAAUGGAGCCACGUACGUGGGCAGCUACGAAAAGGAUCGCCGCGUGGGCACCCGGAGUGGAAGGUAA